GCAGUUUCAUUUUGGUUUAUGAAUAAAAAAAAUAGUACUACUCCGUAGGUGGAAAUUGGAACAAAUGGGAUUUCCCUAUACAGAAAAAGGCGGGAAUAUUUGGCGCCAUUCCAAUUUUCUCGGAUAAAAUUCCCCUACAUAAACCUCCCGCUCACUCUUCAAAACCCUUGCAUUUUCUCUAUUCUCAGAAACUCUUCUUCUACAAACCAAAUUCCAAAAAAUGGCAGAAAAUGAUAUAAACUCCCCUGAGAUCAAAGAGCCUUGUCCCAAAAUCCAGAAAUUGGACCAACCCCAGAACGGUGUUGUCCCUGAAAUCCCCUUUUUCCGAGUCAAGAAACUCUCUGAAAACGCUGUUUUACCCUCCAGAGCUUCCCCUCUUUCUGCUGGUUAUGAUCUUUCCAGUGCUGCAGAGACUAAAGUACCCGCUAGAGGCAAGGCGUUGAUACCCACAGAUCUCAGCAUAGCUGUUCCUCAAGGAGCCUAUGCUCGUAUUGCGCCUCGAUCUGGUUUGGCAUGGAAGCAUUCGAUAGAUGUUGGAGCUGGAGUUAUAGAUGCAGACUACAGAGGGCCAGUUGGGGUUGUUUUGUUCAACCAUUCCGAUGCUGAUUUUGAAGUCAAGGCUGGUGACAGGAUUGCACAGCUUAUUAUUCAGAAAAUUGUGACUCCAGAUGUUGAGGAGGUGGAUGAUCUUGAUUCAACUGUGAGAGGAUCUGGUGGAUUUGGAUCCACUGGAGUAUGAAAAAGUUUGGCCUUAACUUUGAAAAUGGUGAUAUUUUAGUUUUAUCUAGUUUUAGAUUUAGUAGGUUUUGGUUGUUAUUUGGGUUCUACCUAGUACUAAAGCCAACAGUUUGGUUAGUGGGAGAUUUUGGAAGGUAUAUUUUGGAUCGAAUGUAUAUCUCACUCAUCUUAAAUAUUACUUAGUAAUCUACUCUUUUGUUCUAUGAGCA